AAAAUCCCAUGGGAAAAAAUGCUCUCUCCAGUGAAGCCCCAUUCACUUUUCUUAAUAUGGCGAUGAAUGUAGGGAAUCCUCAGAAGCGAAUCAGAGCCGCUCUGAUGAUGUUGAUAACUCUCUAUGAGUAUUUGAGCUCCCGCAUCCCGUGCCGGUUAUGAUGUUGGAAAAAUGGACAAGUUUUCGGCCAGCAUUUCCGAGAUCAAAUGGAGCGCGGUGUCCCUGCCUUUGGAUUUAAUAGUCAGUAAAUUCAGACUGCCAACUCUGGUGCGGCUCAGCCAAGGGGAUCAUGUGGAGGGCUUGACAGAACAGGAUGUUAUUCUGAUUCACUCCUGCAGACAGUGGACCACCGUGACUGCACACAGCCUGGAAGAGGGCCAUUAUGUCAUCGGUCCUAAAAUUGACAUCCCAUUGCAAUAUCCAGGGAAGUUUAAACUGUUGGACCAAGACCGGGAUGUGAGAGAGCCUGUCCAGUACUUCAGUACUGUGGAGGAAAUAGCCAGUGUAUUUCCUGAGAGAGUCUUCGUGAUGGAGGCCAUUACUUUUAGUGUAAAGGUGAUCUCUGGAGAGUUCAGCGAGGACAGUGAGGCUUACAACUUCACCCUCCACGCUGGUGACGAGUUGACAUUGAUGGGCCAGGCCGAGAUCCUGUGCGCCAAGACGGUGAAGGAGAAAUCACGAUUUAACACCAUUCUGCGCAAGCUGGGCAAGACCAACACGCUGAGUAAGCAGGUGAAGGGCAAGAUGCCCUGUCUGAUCUGCAUGAAUCACCGGACCAACGAGAGCCUCAGCCUGCCCUUCCAGUGUAAAGGCAAGUUCAGCACCCGCAGCCCCUUGGAGAUCCAGAUGCAGGAGGGAGAGCACACUAUCCUCAGCAUUAUCGAGAAGAUCCGUCUGCCAGUAAACGUGAUGGUACCUACUCGGCCGCCCAGGAACCUCUACGACCUUCACGUCAUACGGGAAGGUCACCGCUACAAGCUUGUCAGCAUUAUCUCCAAGACUGUCGUCCUGUGCUGCAUCCUUCGCAAGGAGGUGGCCCCGUUUCAUUUUCUGCUGCUUACGGACAUGCCCCGUUUCCUGCUGCCCGAGGGCCUCCUCCGGGGGGACCCCAUUUUCGAGACUCUGGCCCACGAGAUCUCCCUGUACUGCCAGGAGCGAUUCAACCCCGAUGAGUACUCCAAGGCAGUGAGGGAGGUGAAAACAGACUUCACAGAGGAGGGCACCAGCCCCAGGCGGAUCCGAUUGUACCUGCAGGACUUUACUUCUAACUCCCUGAACUGUACCCAUGAGGAGCUCACCCAGUCCUUUCAGAGGCUGUCGUUGUGCGUUUACAGCGGCACGCUGAUGCAUGCCAAUGGUGACCUCCAAUCUCAGAGCUGUAGGGACUCACUGGGGGAGCACCAGAUCAUGCCCCAUGAUCUCUUGAUACCAUCUGAGGUCAGCGAGGCCGAAAGGGAGUAUGUGACUCCUGAAUGGGCAGAAAAUGAGUUUCGAACAGUGGAGCACCCCGAAAUCCCCUAUGAGGAAUUAUGGACCAAUCAAAACCCUGAGAAUUAUAUAAAAGCCAGUGGGAACCCACAGGAGCAGGAAUGCGGGGACAAAGGAGACCAGAAUCUUAUUUCUUUCCAUUCUUCAACAUCAUCUUUGGAAGGACCCAUGGGAUCAUCUCACAUUGCUGUAUUGCAAAUAGAGGAGAACAACAGAGUGCCAACUCCGCCGCCUGUACCUCCCAAAUCAGAAGCUGUGAAAGAGGAGUGUCGCUUUUUAAAUGCUCCCCCCGUUCCUCCAAGAGGCAGUAAAGCAAUUCCUGCUGCCAGCCCUCCAGUUCCCCCUCGCUUUCCCAAGACCCAGCUCCAGCAAGCACAAAUCCAGCCGGCCCAUUCACCAAACCCCAGUCUUUCCUACUAUUCUUCCGGGCUCCACGACACUUCUGGAACUCGCAGUGGUAGCUGUUCACCGUCUCCUGACUCUUACUCCCUCUACUGUUACCCGUGUAACUGGAGUGACUGCAAAGCCAUUGAUUCGUCCACACGACAACUUCCUGGUAGCAACGGGGCGCCUGGCAUGCAGCCAGCGCAGACUUCUUGGUUGGACCCAUGGGCCUAUACAGACACUAUGCCCAGUGUGGCCAGCGGGCGCUCCACCCCCCUCCUCAGCACCGACACCUACAAAAGCUAUUACAGCUGCCCUAAGCUGAAACCUCCUCACUCUCAGAAACGUUUUGCUCCUUUUGGGGCACUAAACCCUUUUGCUAACCAUGGGUACUCCAGCAGCCCUUCCUCAUCUCCAGCCGAAUGGUUGGAGCCAGAGAAAUCUCCGUCCCUAGCCUCUGAGCCCACUGAUCCUUUCGACCCACCCAACAGCCAGAGUGCUUCUCCUGAUAUUGCUUCUUUCAACUCGGGAGACAUGAGGUUCGAUCAGGAUCUCCGGAACCGUCAUGCGGAACAAAUUUACAAGCCUGCCGAUGGUGGGAUGUGUGCUGUCCCACCACCUCGGCCACCUAAGGGCUUUGAGUCUGAAAACAUAAUCAUAAGAAGCACAGCUCCACUCUCCCCCACCAUUGUGAAGGGCGCUGAAGGUGGCAUCACCAAGGUUUACCUCACCCAAGGGGUAAUUGAAGUCCCACCAGUGUCUUCGAGAUGCAAUUCUGAGACUCCUGUGUUAGCCACUUCUCCCCACGCACCAGGCAUGGCCCGAGCUAAUGGGGAUGGAUCUGCAUGGCACCCCCCUUCAGACCUCUCAACACUCUCUGUGGAGGAGGUCUCCAAGUGCCUGAGGUUUAUAGGCCUCUCAGAAGAUGUGGUAACUUUUUUUGUCCGUGAGCGUAUUGAUGGGAGCAUUUUUGUGCAGCUGAAUGAGGAGAUUCUCUCUGACGACUUCAAGCUGACAAAGCUGCAGGUCAAGAAAAUCAUGCAGUUUAUUAAAGGCUGGAGGCCCAAAAUGUAACGCUUGACUCUUGUGGGAGGCUUAUUUGUUUGGAACCAAGGUUGAUCUUCCUGGAAAUAGAAGAUACUACAAAAGAAAAACAUUAUGGGGAACAGACAGAAGGUUGGAGGGAGGAAGGGAUAAAGGAAUGUGAGAACCGAAUUAGUACAAAGUACUAAUUAGUACAAAUUUAGAUAUUCAGGACCAAGAACAUUUGUGUUGUUAGAAUACUACAUAAGAUUGAAUGUUUAUGACUUCUAAAUAUAAUUAUAGUUCUUUUGGUACAAUGAACAAACAAGUGUUUUUGGGAUCUUUUCUGAUUAAUGCUGGUGAAAAAGACUGGUUUACCUGUGGCACUUCAUAUAUCUUCAUCUAUCCAGCUCAAAUCCAGGCAGAAUUGACAUGAAUCCAAGUUUUGUAUAUUACAGCUCAAGUUCAUCUGUCUCGGUUAAGAUUCUGCAUAAACCAAUUGACACGUAAGAGUAACAUACAUAAUUAUCCCUAUGGGAAGCUACUCAAUUCUGAACUGUUGAAGUUCUCAACACUCAUACCUUUGGGUUCUUUACAAUAAGUCUGUCUACAGGCUGGAAAGCAAGCACAAGGUGGUCUUGGUGAUAGAGUGGGACAAUGCGCUCCCCUUUCAGCCCAUCAGAAUUCAAAGGUUCAAAUCCUACUUAUAUCACAAAAUUAGGAGAGUUUCCUGUGCUCAUCACAUAAUUCAAAUCAAAUGGCACCAGGCAUUUUUCAGACAUUAUUAUUAACUGAAAGAAAAGCCACAGAUUAGAUGGACAUGAAGACUCAUUUUCUCCCUUAUCCCCUGUGAGAGUGAUUCUUCUGGACGGGCUUGAGGCAAGGACAGUGUGGGGAAGCUCACAUUGUCACUAUCUGUGCUUUACUCCUUUGUGGAUAGAGAGGAAUUCAGUCUCCAUUCCAGACAUUUUUGAUGAUCACCACAAAAUUCACAUUUUCAAGCAGUCGGCUUAAUUGUUUCUAUGGCUUUGAAGGCGAUGCAGGAAAUUCCAGCUGCCUUCAUUCUGCAUACCCAAAUUAAACUUAAUAUAGUGGGUAUGUGCUUCUCUGUGUGUAUAACCCCAAUAACAUUUUGAUUUUGUUUACCAAGUACCCUGUGCCACUUCAAUACAGCAACAUAUAUCACAUACUGUUAUAUAAUACACCCACCCAAUACUAGCUACUAUUAGAAAUGAUAUUAUAAAAUUAUGUACAACAAAGAAACCAGUUUAAUUUAUAAGAAUUCUAAAAUAAACAAUUGGGAGGCAUGACAGAAUAUUGUUUUUGUGUGUGUGGGUGUUUAUGGGUUUGUGUAUGUGUGGAAGGUUGGUCUAAGGUAGAGCAAAUGAGAUGACAUGAAGUGUUCCAAAAGGCAAAUACAGUGACCGAAAAGAGAGUGGCAGCUGUAGUUCAACUUUAAGCUGCUUCUGACUGCUGUUUUCUCUCUCAAUAUUUCUACUACCAUUAAACAAGCGAACACAAGAGGGGUGUGAAGAAUUUAGAUUAUACAUUUACCUGGUUACAGUAAAUGUUCCAUGUUCUAAUUAAUUUUAAUGAUUGUCUUCUCUUUAAAUGUAGCUAUUUUAUAAUUUGCAGGACAUUUAUCUUGAAACUAAAGCAUGAGAACUACUAUACAAUAUAGACAACAUUCCAGGAAUGCUCAGAAAUUUAAUUUAAAAGAUAAUUUUAUUCAGUUAUUUCAUAAAUAGCACAAUUUCAGUCAAACAACUGUCCACAUAGUUUUGCAUCAAGAAAAAGUCAUAACACCCUUCUUCCCCUCCACAAAUAAACACUUUUGACCCGUCUUACAGUCAUGUCUCUCUGAACAGAAGACGUAUUUUAAAAUUAAAUGGCCAACAGAUGUUAUAAAACACAAAGUAUAAUUUGUGUAAGAUGUGGGGGAAAAAAACAAACAAACAAUAACACAUCAAAUGAGAAUCAGUGAUGUUUAGCAAAUCUCUUGGCGCGCCAUGCCCAUAAAUAAAAUAAAGGUAUUAUUAAUUAAACAGUGUGGAAAACAGAACCAAUGGAAUUGCUUGGUUGUUGAUUUUCCAUAUCUGGGUUUAAAUUGUUUUUUUUUUUUCCCAAGACAUUGUGCUCGAGCCAAAUGAAAAAUGACCGUAUACAUUUCGGGUUUCCGCUGGCUCAAUUUAUUUUACUGGAAAAGACGCUCUUACUCUUUUUGGUUGUCAGAUGACAUCAUUUGAGUGAAACUCUAAAGCACAGUGUUAAGCUCAUGUAAUAAAGCUGUGAUUUGUAAAUGCCUUGUGCCUGAUUGUUUAAUAAUGUGUUUUACUGCUCUUGCCCAAACUGUUUUUCAAAUGUCCAUUGGUGGGGUGGCAUAUCGUUAGUAGUGAUUAAUAUUUCAAACUAUUUUAUCACACUACUUAUUAAAGAAUACAAAAAGAAUUAACCCAGAGGUAUAUAAUGAAACUGUCCAACCCAGCUAUUGCAGAUUAUGGCUG